AUGAUUUUCCUCGAUUACAAGGUGCUUUAUUCGUCCACAUUUCAGGAUCUGAUUGCCUUUGUUUUGAUCAGUAGUACCUUUUAUCUGGCUGCCCGGUCUGUCUGGCGUCUCUAUUUCCACCCAUUAUCCAAAUAUCCCGGCCCAAAGAUUGCUGCCAUUUCCGAUAUUUGGUAUGCCUACCAUUCCCAUACAGAUCUUUACGGUUCCCAUAACAAGAAUCUCGAGACUUUCUGCAAAACUCAGAUUAACAAUCAUGGAAAUGACAAGCAUGGUGGGCUAAUCUGGGAAUGGGAUCCGGUACGACAUCGUCAGGUGGCUAAGCAACUGUCCCCAGCUUUCAGCGGCCGUGCCCUGAGAGCUAAAGAACCGACUCUUCACAAAUAUAUUGACCUCUUCGUUGAGCGUAUGAAACAAAUGGGCGACGAAGCUGGAGGCGUCAGCUUGCCUACGUGGGUAAAUUGGCUCUGUGUUGAUAUUUCUGCCGAUAUGGCUUAUAACAGGGAGAUGAAUGCCCUGCAGGAUAUGAAAGAGCCGGCGUAUCUAUCAAUGCUUUCCGGCUUUAAUAGAGCUGUUGUCGCUAUCCAGAUGUCAUGGCGAUUUCCCCUUCUCUACCCUCUUAAGACUAUCUUUAUGGCAGUUACAGCCAUGCGGUCACAUUCUCAUAUUCGGAAUCAUAGCCGGUUUCAACUGGAGCAACGCAUCCGCCGGAAGGGUGCUCCACUACACCUUGAUUUCUUUGAGCAGAUCAUUCCCGAAAGUCGCGAACCUCCUGAGGACCCUAAAGAGUUGCGCCACCUUGAGCAGGUUGCAGGUCAACUUUUGGUAGCUGGAUAUGAGCCCCCAGCACUAUGGCUCUAUUUUACAAUUUACUACCUUCUCAAAAACCCAAAUGUCUUGAACACACUGACCAAGGAGAUUCGGAGCGCAUUCAAAAAUUACGACGACAUCGUCCCAGACUCUGUAGCGCCAUUAUCUUAUUUGACGUCGAGCUUAAAGGAGUGUCUACGCAUCAUGCCAAAUGUUCUUACUGGAAUGCCGGUGGUCAGCCCAGGUGCUAUGGUCGAUGGGGCCUAUAUCCCGAAAGGAAUUAUAUGCCAAUCUAGCCCACUUGCAUUGGCACGAAGCGCAAAUAACUUUCGAGACCCGAUAAGUUUCCGUCCUGAGCGGUGGCUGAAGGAGGGACAUCCACUGUAUGAUUCACAGUUUGCUAGAGAUAACCGCAAGGGCUUUCAUCCUUUUAGCCAGGGACCUCGUAUAUGUGCGGGAAGGGAAAUUGCUUGGUGGCAGAGUAGGUUGUUCUUAGCCAAGGUCUUAUGGACAUUUGACCUCGAAAUGGUGUACGGCCAACAUGUCGACAUGGAAAAAGACUUGAGAGGGUGGGGGAUGUACGAAAAACCAGAAAUUAGCGUCAGAUUCAGGCCAGCGGCUCAGAAUGUUGCUGCAUAG